AGGAGCCGGGCAGGGGCAGGCCGCCCGAGGCCUCUAAUGCCGCUUCCCGCCGGGCUCGGCCCCGCCCCGGUCCGGGCCUGGGUCCGGCCCGACCCGGCCCCGGCGGCACCACGCGGGGGCCUCACUCUCCCCUGCUCCCCAAACUCUCCAAACUGGCGGCCGCGGGUUCGAGGCCCAGAGCCGGCGCCCUGGUAUCUUUCUGAUGAAGGAAUCGAAGCCUGCAAAAGUUCUCCUGACAAAGUCAAUAUAAAUGACAUCAUCCUGAUUGCCCUCAAUACAGAUUUGAGAACCAUUGGCAAGAAAUUCCUCCCCAGUGACAUUAAUGGUGGAAAGGUGGAAAAGCUUGAAGGCCCAUGUGUUCUACAGAUUCAAAAAAUCCGCAAUGUUGCUGCCCCAAAGGAUAAUGAAGAGUCUCAAGUUGCACCAAGGAUGCUGCGCUUGCAGAUGACCGACGGCCAUAUAAGUUGCACAGCAGUAGAAUUUAAUUAUAUGUCAAAAAUUAGCCUGAACACACCACCUGGAACCAAAGUUAAACUCUCGGGCAUUAUUGAUAUAAAAAAUGGAUUUCUGCUUUUGAAUGACUCAAACACUGUAGUCCUUGGAGGUGAAGUAGAACACCUUAUUGAAAAAUGGGAGUUACAGAGAAGCUUGUCAAAACACAAUAGAAGCAACAUUGGAACAGAAGGUGGACCACCUCCUUUUGUACCUUUUGGACAGAAGUGUGUGUCUCAUGUCCAAGUGGAUAGCAGAGAACUUGAUCGGAGAAAAACAUUGCAAGUGACAGCUCCUGCCAAACCUCCAGGUGAUAAUGAUGAAUUUGAAAAGCAGAGAACUGCUGCUAUUGCAGAAGUUUCAAAGAGCAAAGAGACCAAGACAUUUGGAGGAGGUGGUGGUAAUGCUAGAAGUAAUCUCAGCAUGAAUACGGGAGGGAAUCGAAACAGGGAAGUUUUCCAGAAAGAAAAGAUAACAAAACCUGAAGGAAAAUAUGAAGGUGUCUAUCGAGAGCUGGUUGAUGAAAAGGCUCUGAAGCACAUAACAGAAAUGGGCUUCAGUAAAGAAGCAUCCAGGCAGGCCCUUAUGGAUAAUGGCAAUAACUUAGAAGCAGCAUUAAAUGUUCUUCUCAACAGCAAUAAGCAGAAACCUGUUUUGGGUCCACCAGUGAGAGGCAAAGGAAAAGGCAGGGGACGAGGAAGAUGUGAAGAUGAAGAGGAAUUAGGAAAUUCCAGGCCAUCUGCACCCAGCACGUUAUUUGAUUUCUUGGAAUCAAAAAUGGGGUCUUUAAAUAUGGAAGAAUCCAAAUCACAGUCUCAGCCGCUUCAUCAGGGACAGCACAGACUGUUGAAUAAUGAACAAAAUGGAGUAAAAGACUAUAAUCAACCAAGACACCUUCCUCGAAAUGAUACCAGACAACCAAGGAAUGAAAAACCUCCUCGUUUUCAAAGGGACACUCAAAAUUCAAGACAAAUUUUAGAAAACAGUGGGUUACCUAGGAGCAGAGGUCCCGAAAGACAGAGCUCUUCUGUGGUACAUGAGGCAUGGACAGAAGAGAGAAUUAAGUGUGAUAGAUCUUAUGCUAGAAAUGACAGAAUUAAGGAUAUUGCAUAUCCUUCAACUUCUCACCAGAAUGAUGGUGCUUUUAAAAAAAGAGAUAACUCUAUGCAAAAUAGACCAGGCAAAGGUUCAUCUUACUUGGAGGUAAAAGAAAGCCCACUUCCUCAAGAAACCAUAGACCAUAAUAAUCAAAAGCGUGGGAAAAGGGAAAAUCAAAUAUCAAACCCUGAUCAGUUAUAUGAAAGGAAAACACGAACAAUAAGUAAUGAAGCCUUUAGUGGUAUGAAAAAUGAGAAACAUUUUAGUAUGAAUACUGAUUACCCCAAUUCUGUUAGAACUGAUGGCUUCACUGGUGUACCAAAUGGAGAGGUUGAAGUUUCAAUGAAAGGAAGACGAAUUGGACCUAUUAAGUCUGCAGGAUCUCCUGGGGCUCCAGCUUUUGAUGAUAAAAUGUUAUUUUAUAAUAGUGGACCCAAAAGGAGGUCUGGGCCAAUCAAACCAGAAAAAGUAUUGGAAUCUUCUCUUCCCGUGGAAUGUGGAAGAAUGUGGAAACCAGGAGAUGAAUGUUUUGCACUUUAUUGGGAAGACAACAAGUUUUACCGGGCAGAAAUUGAAGCUCUUCAUUCUUCUGGCAUGACUGCUGUUGUUAAAUUCAGUGAUUAUGGAAACUACGAAGAGGUGCUUCUAAGCAACAUCAGGCCCAUUCAAGCAGAGGCAUGGGUACGUGAUCACAAAUUCUGUACAAAGACAUAAUCUACUUUGAAGAAAGUAUAUAGCUGUAAAAGAUUAGCCAUAAGUCAUGCAGAAAUUGAAGAGUACUUUGCUUAAACUGGUUACCUCUAAAAAUAAGAUCUUCAUUUAAUAAGUGCAUUGAAUAACAGUAAAAAAUUGAACACUAUGGAAUUAUUUUUCUUGUAUAAUAAAAUUAAAUUGUAUUGUGCUUUGGAAAUAAGUACCCUUAUUUACAUGUUAGAGCCAAAAAAUUAUUUGUAUGUGCAAAAUGGGCUUUAAUGCAUACGUUCUUUCCCAAUUUGUUACUUUAAAUUUCAUUAAAUUAUGCCCAGAAAGUGUCAAAUUGAAAGUUCUGAUUAUACAUGUUUAUUAUGUGCUGUUUCAGUUACAUGUAAAAAUUAGGGAAGAAUGCUUUUAACUCUACUUAUAAAAAAGUAACUGCUUUUAUUACAUGUAUAUGUAUAGUAAACACACGUCUGUUUAAUAAUUAUUUUAUCAAUUAUAUUGGCCAAAUGUUAUGCCAAAACUGUAUUAUAUUUUUGAAGUCAUGAUUUAAAAAUGAUUGGCCUUGUGGAGUCCAACUUUAUAAAGGCUUUAUGUGGACUUUAUAGAGAUACAGUCUCAGCUACAUUUAGGUAAAAAGAUGAGUACAUAGUAAAAUUUGGCUUCUACCUAGCAUUUAUAUAAAGAUAUAUUGGAAAUUAUUCUUACAAAGUUCUGCUUAUUGUUUCUUUAUCUUCAUUUUAUAUUAGAUAAUUAGAGGACUAACUUCUUGCUGAUUAUUUCCUUUACUUAAAAAUCUCCAAACAUGAUAGGAAAAUUUCAGGCAUGUAAAUUAUCUUCUUGCUUAAUGUAAAAUCCAUCAUUUUCUUAUGAGUUGCUCUCCAAAGUUUUACUUUUACAAUGACCUUUUUUAGUUGUCUCCACCCUCAUCCAGGUAAAACCAAACACAAUUAGGAACAAUAAAUAAAAUAUUUGAAGUAGUGUUCAUCUUAGGGAUUCUCAUUUUUCUAUUUCACCUAGACAGAAUACAGUUUCUCAGGUCUCUGUUUCACAGAUUUAUAGUAUUUCUGAUAGCAAUAACAACUUUCAUUGUUAGGUAGAUCUUUUUCCUCAGUUUUCUUUGAACUUGUGGUUAUUUCCUGAAAGACUGAAAUGCUACUUUUCUAAUUCAUAUUUGUUUGUUUUUCUGGGAGAAGCUUAAAACCAUUUUUUUCUUUCUAGCAUUUUUUACUCUUCUGUCUUCUAAUAUGAUUAUUUGAUUAUUGCUCUCUUCUCUUUCUCCAUUUGCAUUUCUUUUUCCAUUUUUUACCUGCUUUUAUUGGGGAAGAUGAUUGUUCAUGCAGACAAAAUUCCUUCAGGUUGUGUUCUUAUUUGCCUUUCAUUUUUCUUAUUAUGUCUAUUAAGAUUAUUUUAGGAAUUACAGUUAGGGAUUCAAGUAGAGUUCUCAUGCCACCUAGGUUGUAAAGAUUAUUUUUUGGAGUGUCUUUGGUCAAAGCUUUAUUUUAUUCUUCUUUCCCCAAGCAAAAUUUAGUUUCAAACUUUUGCUUCUUCACUCUUUCCCCAUUUUUAUCUUGAGUGGCUAUAGACAGCCAACACAAUUACACUUUUUCACUUUAGUUCUUCCAUUUAGCACUAUUUUGUACUGAAGUGAGAACAUUGCUUCAAGAAUGAUUUCUGUCUCCCCCCUUUCACAUUCAUAGUCUUCAUUACAUUAAACUUGCUUCUAGGAAUAUACAAGUUCAUUUGGUCCUUGUGUUUGUCAGGUGCCUAGGUAGUGAUUCUAUUCAGAACCACUGCAGUAUUCUCCAAGUUUGCCUAUUUAUAUAUAAUUUCAUAUUCUGGACUAUUGAGUUUUUUAGCCAGUUCAUUUUUUUAGCAUGUGCUGCAUCACUGUCCAAUUCAGUGUUCCAAGUGCAUCUGAAUGAUGACAGUGAUCUUCUGUAAUAUAUGGAUGAAUUAUUUUACAAAAAGAAUCAGUAGGACAAGAGAGUCAUUAGAAGAUCCAAUUAUCUCCUCACCUGCUUGUGAGUAAUCAAAUGACUGUCAAAUUUGAAAUGCUACAGUUUCUAAAAAGUGUUGUAAACAUGCAACAUAUUUGGGGAUAUUAUUUAUUAUUACUGAGUCUAAUAUGUUUUUUCUCUGCCUUAAAUUUCUUCAUAGAAAUCAUUCUUGACAUGUAGAAAUCAUCGCCUUAGCAUUUCUUGGCUCUUCUUUCUUUUAAAUAAAUGGAUGUGCGUAUUCAUAUUCAUUCAGAAAACACCUGAAGAAAUGUACUGGAUAAGAUUUUUAAUGAAUUUAAGCUAUAGAUUGUGUGGGAUCCCAUUAAUCUCUUAAAGUUCUGUUUUGGCCAUCUAUCUGUAUCUUCUUUCAUGGCUUUCCGUCUGGUGAGUUGUAACAGAUUGAAGCUUAAAUCCGCCAUAUUUAUUAGAAAUACCAAAUGAUCAAAAGUAAAAGACUCACUGUGCCAAUAACCAAGUAAUUUAAAAAAUCAUAUGAGAUACAUUUAAGGGCUGCUUGUUACAGGGAGAUUAUUAGAGGCCUUACACAAGUCUUUAUUCACACUGCAGAUUGUAGAUAUUUUUUGUACCUUUUUAGCUCUUGCACCACUUAUGGGCCAUUACUAUUUUUAUUGAAAAAUUAUACUGUAUCUUUUAUUUAAGAGAUUAUAUGUUUCUUUCUUGCACAGAGUUUUCAGAAAUGUACCUCUCUGUUUUCCUAAAUGUAGCAAUGAUCACUCAAUGAUGAAUUUUGUAUUUUACAGAAAAAAAAAACCCUACGUAUAAACUUUGAAAGCCUUUAUAGAAAUAAGUUGCUUGUUUUGUCUCUUAAAGGUAUAAGGGUACAUUAUCAAAUGAAAAGCAUGAAAUAUUAAGAGACUCUGAGAAAAUUAAUAGCCUGUUAUGUGGAAAAUUAAAAUAAAAUCAAGAUAAUACUUAAA